AUGAACCGCGCCCAGCUCGAGGAAUACGAUCAGUUCCUCCUCGAAGAGGACUGGGACAUUUACUACUGGGCUACCCAGGAUCCCAAAGAUCUCGCCUCUCUCGCCUCACGCGGCGAAGCUGCCACCUCCCCAUCCUCCUCCUCGGCCGCAUCCACUCCCGCCGGCCAGCCCGCGGCUACCGAAGACUCAUACAAGCGGGAACCCGUCCCCGGCGAAUGGGCCCGCAUAGCGGGUAACUUUGAAGCUGGGUACAGGCCCGUUCCCGAACGUUGGCGGGACACGGAGCUGCUAAGGAAGCUACGACAACACGUCCUCGACAAGUCCGCCGGCGCCGAUGGCAACGGCGGCGGCGGCGGUGGAAUGUCUGCCCGACCUCUGCUCUUCGGCAAAGGUACGGAGAAGGACUAG